AUGAAGUUGAUCCUCCUUUGUCAGCACUCCUCGUCACCUUUCAUCAUCCUCUCAUUCUUCACUCGUCCUUCUUGUUGUUUUGGUCUCACUGAUAGGCUUUCUUGGGCGCAUCAUGCUCGUGAAAUUGCCUUACGGUUUUACCUAAGCCCCCUCUCUUGGAGACAACACCAUCUGGCGCUUGGCACUCGAUCGCAUCGCGGUAACACGGGCUUACUUAAGCUACCGAAGCGUCCGCGUGUUUACGGCAUCGACAGGGGAGGGCCUGCCCGCAGAGCCCGCCGCAAUUUACGCGACCAAACCCGUGACGGGUACUCGAGGCAAGCCGAGGAGACAAGUGAACAGUUGUGGUUCGAUCUGUGGCAAAAGCCGGGAGACGGUCGAAAGGCGAGAGGCCCGCGCCUUUUCACAAGCGAGAUUGAUAAAAGCGCAUCAUUCCUGGGCCUGGGAACCCGGCGCGGCGACGCCUGCAGGGAGAAAAAUAUUGCCCCGUCGUCGCCGCUAAUCAGACUCAACUGGGUAUCCGUACAAUCCACAGACCAAAGGUACCCAGAUAAACUCCAUUUGUACCUGCUAUCAGGCGCAUUGAAGCACCGCAUGCACCGGGCGCGCAAGUCACUCCAUGAAACCUCGAACCAACUCGCCACCAGUCUCCCGACGUCCUCUUACUCACUACCAAACUACCUACUACGCAUACUACUAAUUACAGCUCGCCCUGCUGCUGCUCUGCUCCGUCUCAGCCCUGUGCUGUGCUUCGCUCUCUGCUUUGACAUCCUCCACCCUACCACCAUCCACCCACCUACCUGCCACAGGCAACCCCCAAGGAUUGGCAUCUCAUAUAUCCAACUUCCGUCCGCUCCUUACAAACCGCCUCACCCGCCACACGAACCCGUCACUCCCUACUUUCUUAUUUCAAUCUGCGUUCCUCCGAUUCUUCGCCUUGAGACGCACGCGAGCAUACAUCUCAAUUCUUCUCUGACCGACGCAAUCGCUAAUCCCACCACAUCCGAACCGACCGAGUAA